UAAUUUGCCGCUGGUUUCUAGCGUCAAUGAAAUUGCACCUUUAUGUGAAUGCGAGGCGCGUACCGCUCAAUAGCAAUCGAAUGUGAUUGGUUCCUUCUCUCGGAUCCAGCAAAUUAGCGUUGAAUGUUACAAGAAUAUGUCAACAGUCUUCUUUGUUGAACGUCCUGCUGAUGUUAUUUUCAUCGUCUAUAGAAUAUAAGGAUUUCUUGCAAAUUUUAUUUACUUAUAAUUAGCAGAAUUAUAAUUAGCAGAAGCAGAAAUUCCAGCAAUAUGGAUAUUGACAAUUUGUUAAUAGAGCCUACAUCUUUCUUUUGGAAACAGAAUAGAAUAAAAACAUUCAAUAAUUGGCUUUUUAAAGCAUCCGACAAGUGUAAUGCUAAAAGUAUGGCAGCUGCUGGAUUUUAUGUUAUUGGAGAUAAUAAUGAACCAGAUUUAGUGGAAUGUUUUAUUUGUGGUAAACAACUCGAUGGCUGGGAAGCACACGAUGAUCCAUGGAAUGAACAUGUGAAACAUCAAUCAAGCUGUCCAUUUGUAAAAUUAAAUAAACAGGAUGAAAGUGAAUGGACAGUGCAUGAAAUGUACGAAUUAUAUAAAAAAUAUGAAAUAAAAAAAUACAUGAAUGAAUUAGAUAAAAAAAUCAUUACACUGAGAGAUGAAGCUGCAACAUUAAAAAUUAACUUAUUAUCUGCAUAUAAAACACCACAAGAAAAUAAAAAGAAUAUUAAUUAGAUAAUAAUUCUGAUUAUACCUUCAUACACAAUAUGAAACUUUUAUACGUAAUAUAAAGG